UCGUCUAGUUCGAUGCAAGGCAAAUAUUGCUUCUGCAACCACUUUGCAAGGCCAGCAACGAAAGCAGUUUGAUAUAUAAGGCGUGAUAACCCAAGGCACACCAUCAUUUUCCUUGGACGGGUUCGACUGAGACGGUGACUUGAGAAGAUGAAGUACCUGUGGUUGCUGAUUGCCGUCUUGGCCCUUGUGGCUGCAGACGAUAGCAGCUCCCCUUCUCAGUCUGAUGAUGAUCAUGGGGACGACGACGCUGGUGCCAGCGGCGUCGAAGGCCGCACAGGGCGAGGUCGUCCAGGCUCCCAGAAAUUCUUCGACGACGGCUUCGGCGGCGGUUUUGGCGGUGGAUUUAGCGGUGGUUUUAGCGGUGGUUUCGGUGGUGGAAUCGGUCCCGUUGGAGGACUUGGAGGAUUAGGAGGACUAGGAGGAAUCGGUGCUGGUUUGGGUGCUCUUGGUGGGCUUGGUGGCAUUGGAGGUAUCGGUGGUAUCGGCGCCGUCAGGCCCCCAAGCAUCCCAAGUGACUGCCGCUACUGGUGCAGGACUCCCCAGGGUCAGGCCUACUGCUGCGAGAGCGCCCACGAACCCCAGAGCCUUGUAGGAGUAGUCAAACCAGGAUUCUGCCCUCCCGUCCGCCCCCUCUGUCCACCCGUAAGGAACUUCCUCCCACCAGCACCCUGCUCCAACGAUGGUGCCUGCGGUGGUGUUGACAAGUGCUGCUUCGACACCUGUCUGCAGCAGCACGUGUGCAAGCCCCCUCUCGGGUUUGGACGUCGCUAAGGCGCCCUUAGUUGUGUUAUAAGUGACCCUGCCACUUGUAAUUAGACAUCCUUAUAAAUAGUGUACAGAUUCUUGUAAGUAUUGUACAAAAACUAAUAACUUAACAAAACUGCCAAAACCAACAAUAAAUAUGUCUUAAGUCGA